GGCAGAGUCCGGGUGGGCAGCAGGCGGUGAGCGGCAGCGGGGCGAGUGGCGGCCGCGCCCGGCGAUGAGGCACGAAGCGCCCGUGCAGGUCGGUGCCCGGGCCGAGGGCGAGGAGACGGAGGCUGAGAUGGCAUCUGCUCAAGAUUCCAGAUAUGGCCAGAAAGAUACAUCUGACCAGAACUUUGAUUACAUGUUCAAACUGCUCAUCAUUGGCAACAGCAGUGUUGGGAAAACCUCCUUUCUGUUCCGAUAUGCUGAUGAUUCCUUUACUUCUGCAUUUGUGAGCACAGUCGGGAUUGACUUCAAAGUAAAAACAGUUUUCAAAAAUGAAAAAAGAAUUAAGCUACAGAUCUGGGACACCGCAGGUCAGGAGAGAUACAGAACAAUUACCACGGCUUACUAUCGGGGUGCAAUGGGUUUCAUUUUAAUGUAUGACAUCACAAAUGAAGAAUCCUUCAAUGCUGUGCAGGAUUGGUCAACUCAAAUCAAAACGUACUCUUGGGAUAAUGCCCAGGUUAUUUUGGUGGGUAACAAAUGUGACAUGGAGGAUGAGCGGGUAAUCUUCACUGAGAGAGGAAAACAUUUAGCAGAGCAACUUGGUUUUGAAUUUUUUGAAACAAGUGCCAAGGACAACAUUAACGUCAAGCAGACAUUUGAGCGACUCGUGGAUAUCAUCUGUGACAAAAUGUCCGAAAGUCUGGAGACAGAUCCCAGCAUUACUGCCGGCAAGCAGAACACACGGCUAAAGGACACCCCUCCACCACAGCAACCCAACUGUGGCUGUUAAUGCAGCUACCAGCAAAGGCAGCUCCAGCGCGUUCUGUUGCCAACAGAGUAUUUAUGAAUGGUCUAUAUGCCUUUAUUUAUACUGUCUUAGUAAUUUAUUUGGGAGAAAAAUCUUUUAUUCUACAUUAGCAUCUAGCUGAGCAUAUGUACGAAGAUGGGGAUAUUAAUAGUUUGAAAGAAUAAUCUGUUUUUUAGCUUCUGGCUCUUGCAUGCAGGAUGGCUAUUAGUUUCUCUUUUCUUUUUACUGUUUCACAUUAUACUUACUUCAGCUGGUGCCAUGUGCCUAGAAUUGACUUGCUUCAUCGGUUUCCAAUCAUAUAGUUGAAUCCUUAGGGCAGUGGCCAAGUUAUUUUAGAAUAAGCUGCCUGAUGCCAUUUAUAUUUCCUCCCGACCAAAAAUUAAUUUAGAAAUAUUAUUUUAAAGAGCCAAUCACUCAUUCUGUCUAGAUCAUUCGUAUAAGGAACACUUCCUUGAGCAUACUGCCUGAUUAAGUCUGGGCUCAGUAUGUUACACAUUGUGUGCUUGGAAAUUGCAGAAGUUAGAAGGAACAGAUCUCCAGCCUUCCUGGACCCCAAGACACCUGCCCUUCCUUUGAGAGUCCAACUGGAUGUGGGUGUUCAGUGCAGAUCCUCAGAGAUAUUAGAUACUUCAUCCUGGCUAGCUAGCUAGUAUACUUACAUUUUUUUGUGAGAACUGCAUGUCUGUUAAACUCUUUUCUGAAACUUUACUCAUUUUCUCAUUCCAACAUGCAGAUACCCUGGUAGUUUCUGCCCUAGCAGAGGAGGGCCGACCAGCUCUUCUUAUUUCCACUGGCAUUAGAUAUCGAAUACUCUGUUCAGAUAUUACCCCUGAAAAAGCCAAAUCCAUUACAAUCAGUUGUUCAUAACCAAAAACUGUCUUGUCACAUUGCUGUCAAACCUGCAUGCUUAAGCUUUCAGGAAUUCUAUCUCCCACUCAGUUACUGGGACUGCCAUCACCAUACUGGCUACUAAUUCCUAUAUUUCACUCAGACCUACUGUAGACAUGUUGCUGAUGUCAAUGAGCUUGAAUUUGACCUUAUUUUUACUCUGAAGAGGAAAUAUUUUUUUGACAAGACAAUCACAGAUUGGCAAGAUUUUGAAAACAGUUUUAGGAAUAAUAAAAAAUGGUUAUCAUUUCCUAAAUUAGACUGAAUGUAUCUAUAAGAUCAGGAAAGGCUGUGAAGUAACACACACACACACACACACACACAAAGGCAGAAUAAAGUACACAAAUUCUGUUUCAAUCAAUUUCAUAAAAAUGGUCAUAUUCUACAGCUUUAGAAAGUACUCCUCUGUUAAUUGGUGGCACCUCUAUGUCCAGUACAUAGUGCUUCGUGCAACACCUUUACUUCUGUCACAGUGACAUUUUUAAGCUAAACUGUGUAACUGGGGAAGCAUUAACUGUUCUGUUGUUCCUAGCAGACAGGCUUUAAGACAAGGCUGACAUCUCCCUAACUGUCUGCAAUACAAAGAAAAGAAAAUACAAAGAAAAGAAAAAGAAAACAAGACAACUUAGAAAAUGAAAGUAACAAAAGGUACUAAAAAUGCAAAGCAAUGUCUCUGCACACAUUCCUAUUUUCAAAGGUAAUUUAUAUAAACACUGAGGAAAAUGGCCACUUGGUUGCUUUUUGUCUUUGUUUUUGAUUAUUUUUUUUUCUUCUGGUUAAAUAACCUACGUAAACUUCGACACGGUGAAAGCAACUUUGAAGCAAGGCAUAUAGAAACACACGCAAAACGGAAUGGCCACCAGGGGGCAACAUUGGCUGCCUAACUCAAAUGCUCUUUCUUCAUUCUAAGGUUUUAAAACUUACGACCUCUUAACAAGUUUCCUCGAACAGCUAUUUUGGAUUUCCUUGCUAUUUCCUUGAACAGCUGUAACAUGGAGGCUGAGCCUUCACUUGCUGAAUUUCACGAAGAGAAAGUAUUGUCCUCUUUGGAGUUGAGCAGUCAGGCAGAAGAGGCAUGUGUUACACCUACCAUAACCCGGCCUCCUUCAUGGCAGUUCUUUUCUCUCCCGUGACUAAGGCAGCAUGUUGACAACUGCACUGAGGAACUUUCAGUGACACCUUUUCACCCACUGGGUACUGGCUGCUUCGAUAAAAUAAGUGAUAGGACACCAAGGGUACUUUAAAUGAGAUGGUGGCCAGUUUCCCUCCCCAUGCUUGUUAUAUUCAAUUAUACAUACUAGAGAAAAGCGAGCAGAAAAACCUUGAGACAGCAAACAACAGCAGCCCUCAUUUAUUUAGAAAAGGUUUAAGUUGUAUUAUGUGCCUGAUGCAUCACAUCCUCAGGCAAGGCAAAGUGAAUAGAGGAUAUCAACACAAAAGAGCUUGGGCAUGUCCUGGAUCAUGCAGCACUGCUACAAGUCCUAAUAUUCACCUUUGCUAUGGGAUUCUGGCUGCAAACUGGCCAUUUCCUUUGCAUGCUGUAAGAAGAAAAAAAGACAAAAAGAUACCCCUUGUUACAGCCACACCUUGAUUUUACUCUCUUGCAAGGAAUUCUAGACCCUCACUGCCUCCUUGUGACGAUGUAGACUCUGAUCAGCAGUGGCAGUGUAUUAUCAGCAUACAUUUUUCUUUUAAAGUUGAGAGAUAGCUAAGUCAUUCAUUACUUAAAUAGGGUUAUGAAAUUGCUUUUCAUUUUGCAUCACGGGGCUGGACAGAAGAACAACAGCAAAGAAUCUCUCCUUCCCUCUUCUGUGACAAGUAAAAUGUGUAGCUUCUGAUGCAUUUGAUCUACUGUAGGGGAUGGGCGGCUGGGGGAAGCAGCUGCCAGAGUAACAUUGACUGUCCGCCAUGUGUCACGAGGAAGGGCUCACCUGAAUCAGAAAUGCAGGGCCUAGCCACUAUGUAAGAACUCCUAGGGUCUUUGUACUGACACUCAGACAUUGCCAUCAGAAUUAUUCAGAUUAAUUUUUAAUGUGUUCACAUUAAAUCCUUGGAGUUGUUCAAGAAGAAACUAGAUAAAAUCCUGAACAAUCUGUUUUGACCUCUCAGCUGACACUGCUUUGAGGUGGUUGGGCUGGGACCUGCUUAUAUCCCAUCCAACCUGAUUUAUCUUACCCUCCCUUCCUCUGAAAUUUGACAUUCCUAGAUGUUCAAGGAGAACUUUUCUCAACAGUCAGGUUUACCUACUGUUGGAAAAAUAGAUUUUGAUUUUCCAACCAGUGGAAUAAGUUGGCUUUUCAAGCCACGUGUUUCACAGCAACAUUGAGUUUUCUGCUACAAAUUUUGGUCAGAUUCAGAUGACAAGCAUCGUGAGAUCUCAAUACCUCACCUUCCUAGGGUGAAACCUGGCUGUUGCAGAAGAACAUAAAAGACAGAAGGGCUUCUUGGAAGUAACCUACUAUUCCUUUCUCAAGCAUUAUGAAAAUUUAGCUUGAGUUCUGCAGAAGCCAACAGGAGGAGAAUUUUCAUUUUACUUGAAAUUAUGCUUCGGGCUGUUUCAUAGCACAGGAUCUCCAACUGAAGCAUGUGUCAAUCUAAUUCAACUCCAACUGAUUCUGAGACAGAACUGCAAUUUUCUUAAAUGCAAGCAGAGGUACGUUAUUACUGUACAUUCUAGAAAUUCCAUCCUAGCCUAAUGAAGGAUCAAAGUUCAAAGAACCAAUAGAUCAUUCUUCACCCCUACCCAGUAGUCGCUGAUUAUGAGGUCGUCAUUGGAGGAGACAGAAGCAGUAUUUGACACAGUUCUGCUAAGAGAAAGGAUCAGGACAAAAAGUGAUAUUUUAGUGAUACAAGAGGUCUGUAUCAUCAAAUUGAAAACCUAGGGACAAGAUAUCCAAAACUAUUUUCAGCCUCACAGUUUUUGAAGUAUACACACACUUUUCACUAAUUUGUUGUCACUCUCAGCACAGAAAUAAGACUGAUUGUCAUGGAGCUUCAUUGUUCCAGUCACAGAUGACCUAUUCCGCCAAAAUUUAGGCCAACUGAUGAAAUACAGCAGUUGUCAGAGAGCAUAUUGCAUUUUUGAGAGCUUAGAUGCCUCUGGUCUGAGGGUCCUGAGCUCCACAGCACCAGCUGAACCGUCACUUCACAACCUAUUUUCGAAGUUAUGAUCUGUACUGAUGCUUUUAGCAGCAGGCUAACCUUGUGCAUGGAUAGUACAGCAGGCUUAUCAUGCUCUGAUAUUGUACUGCUUGCUGUAUGAUCAAACUAGCACUCAGAAAAUGCCUUGGGAUCACAAGGGAACACAAGACACAGUUGGCUCCUGCAGUGCCUCCUGGCACCGACCAGCCACAGAGUUAGCAAGCCUUGCUGGAUUGACCUUCAGACACGUGUUUUUGAUUCUGAUAAGAGUUGAUGUUCACAAGCAUUCUAGUCGUUAUAGCAUAGCUAACUUACUAGCAUAUUUUUGUUGUUGUUGCUGUAGAUUGUUUAUUUAGAUCUGUUUGUUUGAAAUACAUAUAAGCUAGCUGGAUUUUCUGUCAAAAAAUAUUCUCUGAACAGCUGUGUACGUGACUGUUACCUGGAACUGUUUGUUCCUCCUUGCUUAUACUUAAUGCAAUGCUUAGAGAAACUACUUGAGCAACUACAUCUCUGUGGCCUUUCCGGAGCAUCAGUCUGAAAGAUUAAGCUUUCUUCCCAGUCCGCUCAGCUCUGUACAGUCAGCUGUACCACAUGCACCUUCUUUAUUUCAGGAAUGAAGUAUUUCUUGAUACACAAAUUCUGCUGGAAUUUGAUCCCAAUAUUUGAGAAUGCUUUGAGUUGAAUUUUCAAUUUUAGGGGAACAAAUGGUGGUACAAAUUCUACAUCUGAUGAUGAUGCCUGUUUCUGCAACAGCAGAUGAAAGAUGCUGCAUUUGCGUUCUAAAAAACCAAUCUCUCCCACAAACUACUCUUUUCUGUAUUUCUUUGGGAGAGGCAAGUUUUAUUACUUGUAUUUUUAAGGGCAUCAACAAAAUUACUGUUCUGCUGAUUGACUGUUAAGACAGUUUCCUCCUUGGCCUGUUUCUUAGACAGUGAGUAUGUGAGCCUGGUUCCUCUUUAGGAUGACAGAUAUAGCAGUUUGAGACCCUGAAUAUGUAAAUCCUUAUAGAUCAGCACUUAGGGAAUGUAAAGCAGUAUCUCACUUUUGCCAACAGAGAAGUGAAUUCUGAUGACUUAUACUGUUUAAUCCAUACACAUAGGUUUUUCAGUACAGUCUGACUUCAGAUUCUCCAAGGUUCAUCAUAUGUUUAGUGCCAUUUCAAGAGGAAACUCAGUUCAAUUAUUUGAAAAAAAUUUACCAGUUUCUUUAUUAAGCAGAGGUGAAUGCAGUUCAUCUUACAAAUUUGUUUUUUUUUUCUUUUUUCUACCUUCCUUUUAUUUUACUUUUUUAUCCAUGCAUAUUCACUGAAUCGGAAUUGUAACUACACACAUUUAAUUUGGAUAUGAAGCAGUACGUCUUUGAUGCUCACUCAGUUCCUACUGCUACUUACCUCAUUAAGUGCAGCUUUCCAUAAAUGCCACAGUAAACUUAUCCAGAACUCAUUAACACCAGAAAUCCGUGGGGUUACAUCUGCAGACCAUAUGUUUAUUUUCCAUGGUUCCAGCACAUAUAGGUGGCUUGUCAUUUAUAGAAUAAGGUACCUGGUACUGGAUUUGAUGAAGGAGAAGCAGAAGAGCAGUAAUUCAGGAUCACGCAUAACAUACAUUAAUGAAAGCUGGGGAUUGCAUACCACUUCUGGCGAUAACUUUACUUGAGUAACUCUGACAUGUACCUGCAACUAGUGUUAAAUGAACUGUGUGUGUAUAACUCCUGUUUAAUAUUUUGUCAGUAAUGUCAGAUGUGUUGUGGCUCAGUUGGAUUGUCAGAACAUGUAACCUAUAUACUCGUGUUUGUGAAACUGAAGUGUCUUAAAUGUUGCAUGAAAAUAUGUUAUAAAAAUAGAUAUGUUUUCUAUUUUUUGAAUACCUCAAAACUGAGGAAUCAUGGGCCAAUAAGUGCAAUAUUUAAUGACUUACUCAGUGUAUAUAAACCUGUGUGAAAGGGAGAAGUGUCCUGUAUGUGCGGUAAGGUGUUGAUGAUGCCUGUGUGGCUUAAGAUUUCCAGUAGCUCUGUGUGUCUUUCUUGUAGUAAAAUUUAUAUAGUAAAUGCUUUAUCAGUGUAGUGUAAAAAUAUUCUUAAGUCAUUUAAACUAUUUUUCGUAUAUGAGAUGAUGGUAAAAGAUGUCUGUAUGUUUAUUGCAAGUGCAUGUCAAUUUUACUUUUAGAAUUGUGAGUGUCCUCUUUGGAAAUGGUCACGUUACAUCGAUGCUAGUGGGACAACACAUUUAGUCAGAAGAUGUUUGUAAACAUGUCUGAACUAUCUGCAUAUAUUUUUAAAGCAUGUUCCCUAGAUACGUUAGAACGACCUCCUAGAGCGUUAUCAGCUACAUUAUCUGUUUGCCUAUAUUGCAUAAUAUCACAUGAGCGUGUUUUCUUUAAUAUGAUAUGGUUAACUCGUGAUAUCUGAAAAAUUUAAUAGGAGUACCCAAUACUUCUGCAGAUAACUUUGCAAACUUCAGUAGGUGCCCUGAUUUAACAUUUUUUUGGGAACAGCCUGAAGGUCACAGUCAAAGUGGUCCAGCACAGUGGGCAUUGACUUUAAUUAGUUACUUAUGCCAGUUCAGUUCCUUAACUUUUCUAGAUCCUAAGGAAGGAAAAUAAAAUACAUCCUUAAAUAUAUUCACUCAGACUCUUCACUCAACAGCAACCAGGUCCUUAGCAUACUUGGCAAAAAGUGCAGUCUAGAAUCUAACCAUGACAUAAAAAUGAGAGAUCCAAUCAUUCGUAUUUCCUCUUCUCUUAUCCUUGCAUAUUUCUGAUAAUUCUCUAAGCACGUGAGCAAAGCCAUCACUUUUCAGCAAAACUCUCAAAUCUCUAGGGCACCUGUGGAACUUCUAACCCUGCAACACCUAUCCACCAGUGGUUCCCAGUUGUGCCUAUGGACUCCACAGAGGAGAGGCUUGUUCUGUUAAUUCUUGCUAUAUCUCUGGUUUCAAAGAGAGUGUGUCAUGAUCCCUGGAAAUCUGCUAAGUUAGGCCACUGAGACUGGGACAAGGAGAGUAACUGUACUGAAAUUUUUCUAAAAACCCAUUUUUAUUACGACCACAUUAAAAGCUGUCUAAGUAUACUUUUAGUUUUACCUGAUGCAUUUUUGUUGACAACAUACACAGUUAAUUUGUUUGGUUGGUUGUUUGCUUGGGUUUUGUUUUGUUUUGCUUUAAACUAGACUCACAAAGAAAAGAACUGAAGUCUAAGGCCUGCUGGAAACCAUUACCGUGGUUUUCCUUUCCUAUGUCCUCACAUAGUUUCUUUGAGAAAGCAAACAGCCAAAUUGCACUAAGUAGCACAGGACAGCACUUGCAAUGACCUGAGCAGCCCUUAAAAUUCUUCCUGCUUUUAUACCUUCUGCUAUGAAACCACCUGCAAAAUUAUACAGUCUGGGGUAAAAUGAAAAUUAAUUUUGAGAGAAUCUGAGAUGUCUUAGUAAAAGAAAGAAAUUCCGGACAUCUUUAUAGCUAAGCAGCAGGUAAAAUAACAGUCAUAAUAGGAAGUACCACUUAAGUGCAUAAAUACAGGCUGCUACAGGACUGGGGAUAUAUUACCUAAUUUUUUAUUUUGCUAAGUGACCUGAGUACUCAAGGGCUGGCAGAUAAUUUUACCUACUAUUUUUAUUACUCCUUAUAGACCUAUGAAGAGACAAAUACCUACCGUGAAAAUGUGUAGCUGUUCUGGCUCCUUCAAGCUAACUUACUUGCUGAAUUGUUCUUACUGAUAAGUUGUUGAAGUUCUUGCUUAGGAUAAAUUUAUGAGGGGAUGAGACUCAAUCUGUCCCUCCUCCACCAGCUACUUCUGCAAUGUAGUGUAUGUGGUUCUAAAAAAACAUGUUAGUUUAAAAUGCUGCUGGGUGACAAAUGUUGUGAAUCUUCUGCAUUCAUCCACAGGAGUUCCUGUCUGAACAUGAAGUACAAGUUUUAUCCAUGUGCAGAGUUUUAAAUCUAUGUGGACGUAGAGACUGUGUGUAUUCCAUUGAAUAUUCUGUUUGUAUGUGACUUCUGUAUACCAAGUGGAUUUUGUUUAUUUAGCUUUUUCUUUUCUUUUUUCGAGAGACUUCUUUUUUCCUAUUGCAAUUACAAUAAAUAUUCAAGAGACUAUA